CCCCACAACUUGACAUUGGGAGGCACCCUUCCAAUAACGUUCUCACUUCUCACUUACCUUUUCCCUCCUUUAAAAUGCCAAUUCCAUGCACCACAAUCUUCACCAACCCAACAUUAUUUCUCUCCUAUCUCAACCCUCUUCUGUCCCAUCCUCAUCAAUAAUAAUAACAAUAACAAAAGAAAAUCUCUCUAUGGCUCCCUCUUCUUCAACAUUGAAGCUGUUACUAACUUUCUUGGCUAGCUAUGCUUUGGUUGCCUAUGCAGGUAGCCUUAAUCAGAACUUUGAUGUCACUUGGGGUGAUGGUCGUGGUAAGAUACUCAAUAAUGGGGGACUUCUUACUCUCUCACUUGAUAGGGCCUCUGGCUCUGGCUUUCAAUCCCGGAAUGAAUUUCUCUUUGGUAAGAUUGACAUGCAGCUCAAACUUGUCCCUGGAAACUCUGCAGGCACAGUAACUGCAUACUAUUUAUCUUCAAAAGGGUCAACAUGGGAUGAGAUAGACUUUGAAUUCUUGGGUAAUCUAAGUGGUGAUCCUUACAUUCUUCACACUAACAUAUUCACCCAAGGAAAAGGAAACAGAGAGCAACAAUUCUACCUUUGGUUUGACCCCACGUCUAAUUUCCACACCUACUCUGUUCUUUGGAAUCCACAAGUCAUCAUCUUCUCUGUGGAUGGUACUCCCAUUAGAAAGUUCAAGAACUCUGAGUCAAUUGGCAUUCCAUUCCCAAAGAAACAGCCCAUGAGGUUAUACUCUAGCCUCUGGAACGCAGACGAUUGGGCAACAAGAGGAGGGCUUGUGAAGACAGAUUGGACACAAGCUCCCUUUACUGCAUCAUAUAGGAACUUCAAUGCCAAAGCAUGUUUAUGGUCUUCUGGGUCAUCUUCUUGUAGUUCAAAGUCUCCAUCUUCAAGAACUUCCAACAAUAAUACAUGGCUGAAAGAAGAUUUGGAUACCACAAGCCAAGCCAGGCUGAAGUGGGUGCAGAAAAAUUACAUGAUUUAUAACUACUGCACAGACACCAAACGCUUCCCACAGGGCUUUCCUCCAGAGUGUGCCAUUACCAAUGCAUAGUAGAGAUGGAAGAAACUACAAGAUAACAUAGUACCUAGGCCGUGGAUUUUUUUUUUUUUCUUUCUUUCUUAUAUAUUGGUCUUAGUUUUCACUUAGCGGGUUGAUUAUUUGUCGCACUCUUAUUAGCCACUCUUAUUAUCUUGUGAGAUAAUAUUAUUGUAAGCUUGUAUAAUAUAUAUUAUAUAUCUUAAUCUGAUUAAAAAACUAUUAAAUAUCGAUUUUCUUUA